CAGGGCUAGUUUUGUACUCUUUUGCACUCGUCACAGCGACCCGUUGAGCGAUGUCCAGCCGGUGUCUGCCGUCCCGCAGAUGAUCCGUGACCACGCCUUUAUUGAUGCACUACAGCACCUUUCCGACGCCUUCCCGCAGCCGUGAACCCCGCAGCUGAUGACCAAAGUGCGUGCCGCGCCCCCCCGCCGUCGCCCCGCAGCGCCCCUCCCUCGACCCCACAAGACCCCACCGGUCCGUCCAGGGAUGUUCCAGAGGUUCGCCAGCGCUCUGUUCGGGGACGACGCGGAGACGCUGAGCAGCGGAGCCGGAGACGGCCCGGAGGAAGAGGAGGAGGACGAGGAAGAAGACUGGAUCCUGGUCAACUACCUGGCUGAAGCCUGCUCCGCUCAGCGUGGGGACGGCCGCUCUGGAUCCACCGCUGGUCCCGAGGACGAGGACGAGGAAGACCUGGUGAUGAUCCCCUCCCCCAUGGCCAGCCCCGCCAUCCGCUACGCCUCCUGCAUCUCCCUCAACUCCACGGCCGACACCGACCUGGACGGCGGGGCAGAAGAAGAAGAGGAGGAGGAGGAGGAUGAGGAGGAAGAGGGGGAGAGCGGGUUCCUUCGUCUGGACGCCGGCUCUCUGGAGGAGAGCUGGUUCGUCACGCCGCCGCCCUGCUUCACCGGCCGCGGCAGCCAGCCCGGCCUCCUGCAGACCAGCCCCCUGGAGAACCUGCUGAUCGAGCACCCCAGCAUGUCCGUCUACGCCCACCACAGCACCCGCAGGCUGACCCUCGACACCCUGCCGCGCUCCCUGGACCUGGACCUGGGCUUGUUCCCUGAAGGGGGGCCCGCCGCCCUGACACCCUCUGCUGGGAAGGAGGUGGGCAGGCGCGCUCUGGACGGCCCUCGUCACAGGCCGGAGGUCGCGGUGGUCCAGCGUCGCUCCAGCCUCCACUCGGCCUGCUACGUCGCGGGGCUCGCCGCCCGCGCCGGCCUCCUCCAGCAGCGCUCGGGCGACGCCACCCAACGCGCCCAACCGGUGUCCCGCAACGCCCUGCGGCGCCUCAACCUGCUGCGCUCCCCGAAGGCCAGCACCAAGCACCUGCACCUGCACCAGCCCAGCCAGAGACACCUCAACUACUGAGGGGUCCGGAUCCCCUUCAUCAUCAUCAUCAUCCUUCAUCAUCAUCAUCAACCUCCAUCCUCCAAGCAUUAUGGGAAACUGACAUUGGUCACUGCAGGAAAUCCACACCAGCAACAUGUCUUCAGCUAUUGGCCACGCCCCGAUCUGUUCUGACAUCUGAUUGGACGGGGAAAUAAGGAAUAAAAAUGGCUGAUUUUUAUAUUUUAUUUUAUUUUAUCAGCUCAUGUGGCCAGUGGGUGCAAAGUUUCCCCUCUUCCUUCUCUUCCUCCAUCCAUCCAUCCAUCCAUCCACCCUCCUUUUAUAUGGAUGUUGAGAAGA